ACCAAGCUCUACUUCUCGAAUUUAUUUUAUGAGAGAACUAUUUUCAGCUCUGAUUUCAUUUUAGAUGGAGCUAAAACUAUUUGGCUGAGUUUCAGCUGCCAAACAAGCCCAUACUCCCCGCCCACAACCACAAGGUUGUCAUUACCUCUAUCAUCGGUGUAAUUUUGGUCCAAGAAGGCGCCACUGCACACCGGCGACCAUGGACGCCACUGCCACCGACCUCCGCGUCUCCAUAGCUCACCAAACCCGCUUCGCGUUCCGCCUCGCCGCCGCGCUCUCCUCCCCGCGGGCGCACCCGGCGGCAGGCGGCGCCGCCGGCGCCGGCGGGAGCAACGUGGCCUUCUCCCCGCUCUCCCUCCACGUCGCGCUCAGCCUCGUCGCGGCCGGCGCGGGCGGCGCCACGCGCGAUCAGCUCGUCUCCCUCCUCGGUGUCCCAGGACGAGGGACGGCUGAGGGGCUGCACGCGUUCGCCGAGCAGGUGGUGCAGCUCGUGCUCGCCGACUCGUCUCCCGCCGGCGGCCCUCGCGUCGCCUUCGCCGACGGCGUCUUCAUCGACUCGUCGCUGUCGCUCAUGAAAAGCUUCAAGGACGUUGCCGUGGGCAAGUACAAGGCUGAGACCCACUCGGUCGACUUCCAAACUAAGGCCGCUGAAGUUGCUAGUCAGGUGAACUCAUGGGUAGACAGAGUCACAUCAGGCCUCAUCAAAGAAAUACUCCCUCCAGGAUCUGUUGACCAUACUACCAGGCUGGUUCUGGGUAAUGCCCUUUAUUUCAAAGGAGCAUGGACUGAGAAGUUUGAUGCAUCUAAAACCAAAGAUGGCGAAUUUCGUCUUCUUGAUGGCAAGUCGGUUCUAGCACCAUUCAUGUCCACUUCAAAGAAGCAAUAUCUUUCGUCUUACGACAGCUUAAAGGUACUGAAGCUCCCAUACCAGAAAGGCAGGGACCUGAGGCAGUUCUCCAUGUACAUACUUCUUCCGGAAGCACAGGAUGGCCUCUGGAGCUUGGCUGCGAAGCUGAACUCUGAACCAGAGUUCCUGGAGAAGCGUAUCCCGACGCGGCAAGUUACUGUCGGCAAGUUCAAGCUCCCCAAGUUCAAGAUAUCGUUUGGAUUUGAAGCGUCUGAUUUGCUCAAAAUUUUGGGGCUCCAACUGCCAUUCAGUUCGAAGGCUGAUCUUACUGGGAUGGUGGGUUCUCCAGAGAGACAUAACCUGUUCGUUUCAUCCCUUUUCCACAAGUCGUUCGUCCAGGUGGAUGAGGAAGGCACCGAGGCUGCUGCUGCAUCUGCAGCAGUGGUCAGUUUUAGGUCAGCUCCAGUAACCGUGGACUUCGUUGCGGAUCAUCCGUUCCUGUUCUUGAUCAGGGAGGACAUGACAGGUGUGGUGCUGUUCAUCGGCCAUGUGGUGAAUCCACUUCUGUGAUCAGGGAAGACAAGAAUGGGUGUUGCAAUAUACUGUAGAGAAGCAGCAUUUGAUCAUGGUGACUUCUCAAUGAGUAUGACAAAUGUUCUGUGUGUGUUUGAUUGUGCCUGCAUGAUGUAUGUGAGGUUUGUGUAAUGGCUGAGUUAAUAAAUGAGAUGAGACUCGCUGGUCAAAUUGUUCAUUGUCAACUGGUCUAGUAUCAGCAAUGGCGAUGGUGUAGCUUCAGCCAGCUGUGUUGUUUAGGUUUGCUUGACCAACUGCUGAUGGCGAUGUCUGCAUGCCCCAAAUGAUGUACUGAUGUUAACAGAGUAGUACCUUAAUAUGAUGAAUGCCUGAACAUCAAUAA